UGUAUGUAGCUAUCUAAUAAUAAAAGACUAUCUUUAGAUUCGUUUGGAGCAAGAGUUUAUAGACAAUCUCUUCUCUCGGCGAUGACAAAGUUGUGUUUCAAUGGACAAUAAUAAUAUUCUGGGUCUUCUCAAGCUUCGAAUUAAAAGAGGCAUUAAUCUUGCCAUUCGCGAUGCUCGUGCCAGCGAUCCUUAUGUCGUUGUCAACAUGGGCGAUCAGAAGCUGAAGACUCGUGUCAUAAAAAAAAACUGCAAUCCUGACUGGAAUGAAGAAUUGACCCUCUCUGUAAAGGACAUUAAAACCCCAAUACAUCUGACGGUUUAUGACAAAGACACUUUCUCUGUGGAUGACAAAAUGGGUGAGGCAGAGAUAGACUUAAAACCAUAUGUUCAGUGUAAGCAGAUGGGAUUGGGUAAGCUCCCAAAUGGUUGUUCACUCAAGAGGAUCCAGCCAGAUAGAACUAAUUACCUUGCUGAAGAGAGCAGCUGCAUUUGGCAAAAUGGAAAGAUUGUCCAAGAAAUGUUUUUGAGAUUGAGAAAUGUUGAGAGUGGGGAGAUACUUGUGGAAAUUGAGUGGGUUGAUGUUGUUGGUUGCAGGGGCUUAUCACAGGUAGAACUUUAAGUGUGCUUCCACCCUUAUGUUAUAUGAAGCAUUGAAAGCUUAGAUGCCAACUCCAGGUUAAUGCAAUGUGGUACAUUAAUAAUGUUUUGUGAUGUAACCUGUGAUACUAGUGUUGAAUGUGUAAUCCUAAGUUGAAACUAGCUUUUGUACUUUAUCUUGUGAAGUGAGACAUAAGUAAUUAGUAACUUCUUGAAAUAUUUAUGUAGGGGAAUUGAUCUUUAUUUUUUUUUCA